CUUGGUUAGAGUGUCAGCUCAUGCGUCAAGCCAAGGGGUGCUUUUGUCACUUGAAGUUGCACUGUAGGGAAAAUGGAAAAGAUUAAUCUUAAGGAAAAACUGCAGUGCAUCAAGGUUGGACUUCUGUUUAUAAUCCUGUUGUUCUGGGUGACAGGGGUGGUGCUUAUCUGCCUUGGUGCCUCUGUUCAGCUGAGACUGACGGACAUCUCUGUGGUCCUGUCUGAAACGUCUUCUGGGGCCCCGUUGGUCCUCACAGUAACAGGAAUUCUCAUCUUCCUCUUAUCCGGCUUUGGGGCAAUUUCUGUGCUGAAAGAAAAUAAUUUUCUUAUAAAAACAUUUAUAGGGAUAAUGCUGGUGAUCUUCAUCAUUGAAAUUAUUGUGGGGAUAUCUGCCUACUCCUACAGAGAAAAGCUACAAACUGACAUUUCCAGGAGAUUUCAGCAGAUUCUCAGUAAAUACGGAACUGAUGGGCAACUCACCCGGAGCCUGGACUACGUGCAGCAGGAGUUCCGCUGCUGUGGGGCAAAGAACUUCACAGACUGGAUGAAUGUCACAGUUGCCCUGUUUUCAUCCUCUGUGCCCAAGAGCUGUUGCCGCAAAGUCACCCAGAAAUGUGGAGAGAAGGUGAUGGAGCAUCAAGAUAAGAUCUUCCUGGAGGGUUGUGUCACCAAAAUGAAAACGUGGAUCUCGGAACAUGUUAAUGUCAUUGGAGCAGUGGGUGUGGGACUGGGGUUUGUACAGCUCUUCGGGAUUCUCCUGUCCUUUCUGUUGGUGAAGAUCCUGCAGGAGAAUUAUGUGUCACUGUAACCUGUGGUGGGAGGAUCCAGCUCAGGGUGUUGCUUGGGUUCAAUCAUAAAAUAUUUAAUUUAAAGGAACUUUUCAGAGCAAGUGCCCAAAUAUAGGCAGUCUGUAUUUUGCUUUAUUGACUGUCAUUGGAUAAUAGUUAUUAAACACAAUCUGUCUUCAAA